AUCUAUCUAUCUAUCUAUCUAUCUAUCUAUCUAUCUAUCUAUCUAUCUAUCUAUCUAUCUAUCUAUCUAUCUAUCUAUCUAUCUAUCUACGUAUCUAUCCAUCCAUCUAUGUAUCUAUCCAUCUAUCUAGUAUCCAUCCAUCCAUCCAUCCAUCUAUUUAUCUGUCUAUCUACGUCUCUAUCCAUCCAUCCAUCCAUCCAAACCCAGACCCCCUGAGAGAUGAGUCCUGGUCCUCUUGCAUGUGAACUCUGCUUCACUUGAUCUGAAAUCUGAUCUUCUGAUCUGACAACAGCAUCAAGGCUUUUCACACAGCUAUGUCCUUUCCUCACCACUUGGGGGCACUAACUUUUACAUCAAGUUCCUAAACAUAUUAUUCCCUAACCAAAAAGCCAACUCAAGGCUGCACCUGAACUAACCACGGACACUUAAUGAGCUUAAAAGAGCGGUGCUAUAACACUGCAGCUCAAUGGGCCUAUUUAGGGGUAAUGUGAUUACUGGCUGGGGCAGCCACUCGUGGAACACUUUGUAUCACAAGACAAUCAUCAGACACACACAACACACACAAAAGAGUCAAUAAGUAUCGUUAUUAUGAAGACACAUCCUAAUAACGAUACUUAGCGUACGGGAAAUGUGAGCCCCCUUGAAACCUUUGCUUUCACUUCCGGAUGAGGAGUUCUGUUUUGACUGAGCAGCGGGAAGAAAUGCUGUGACUCAACAAGUGAUAUCCGUCCAAGUCCCGCCCCCUCUGUAUUCCCAUUGGAUGGUACCAUGUGGCUUGUGACGUCACAUGAAUAACAAAUACACGUGUUGGCCCAAACGAAAGGAAAAAAAAAAAAAGUGGAGCAUUUAAAGGAGCUUUACGUGCAUCAUACCUGUAGCAUGUACGACGCUUUAGAGAGAGAAUAGCAUUUUUAGGGACUUUGGAGGAACAAAAAUUUGUUUUUGUUGUAAGAAGCUAACAGCUGCUAGCAGUCAUGACACCAGAGGAGAUGAAGAGUAGUCAAUGGAUAUUUGGCUAUGGCUCCUUAGUGUGGAAACCUGAUUUUGUCUACCAGAGAAGAAAAAUAGGCUAUAUUAAGGGCUACAAACGUCGAUUCUGGCACGGAGAUGACUUUUAUCGAGGAGACAAGGAGAAUCCAGCAAGAGUGGUGACACUGGUAGAGGAUCAGGAGGCUUGCACGUGGGGCGUGGCCUACGAAGUGGCGGACGCUCAGAUAAAAGAGGCCUUACGGUAUCUCAACAUGAGAGAAGUGGUGCUGGGAGGUUACGUAACGGAAAAGGUGGAGUUCAUCCCCCAGGAAAAGAACGAGGACCCCCUCGUCGCCGUGGCGUACAUCGCCACCUCCGACAGCCCCUCUUACCUGGGCCCGGCUUCGGACCAAGCUAUCGCGGACCAGAUUGCCGUCUGCAAGGGGAAGACGGGCCACAACAUGGAGUAUCUGUUCCGACUGGCUGACUUCAUGAGGUUUUCCUGCCCCGAAGCCAAGGAUGAGCAUCUUUUCUCCAUCGAGGCGGCCGUUGCCAAUCUUUACCAGAAUUGUGCAGCGGUACAAAAAACCAUCAUCUUGGGAACGGUCUAAAAGACAUAAAAAAAAGUCUUUAUAUUAUCUAAACAUAAAUGUGACACAUUUAACUGAUUUUGCCUGAAUUAUGACCAUUUCAUUGUGAUAUUUGCUUCUUGUUCUUCUUUUUACUAUUCAACAUAUUGUAUUUUAUACAAACAAAACCUUGUCAUGCACUUUUUUUUUG